AUGUUUGGUACUCCUAGAUCCAAUUCAUAGAGAAGAGAAAUAAGCGAAGAUAGAGCUAAGCUUGAAGAGUUAAGAGCGAAAUGUAAAAUACGUGAGGAGACAUAUAAAAUAGAGAUCGAUAAGCUGAGAUAAAAGCUUGAUAAAAUUAGGCAUAAAUUCGAAUAAUAGCAUAAAUAUAGGCAAAAUUCUUAGGAAAUGCAAAAACUUAAAGAAGAAAACAUAUUUCUUAAGCAGUAAGUCUAGUAUUAAAAAAACUAAAUGCAGUAAUCUUUUUAGAUUAAUAGUAAUAUCUAUUAAACUUCUCGUGAAACUUCAGCAACAAAAAGAGCAUAAAGUAGUAGAUCAGCUCACGAUAAAAAUUAAAAUUUAAGUGGUCAUGCAAAUAGCAGUGGAUCUAAGCAAAAUAACCUAAUAAGUGAGAAAAAUAAUCAUCAAAAUGGGAAUAAUUCAAAAAAAAUAAUUGCUACUGAUAUUGAAUUGGUAAAAAUAGCUUAGCAUAGAUUAAUGAAAGAAAAUAAGAGUCUUAAAAAGAGAGUAGAUAUGAUGUAAACAUAAAUGAAAGAGCUGUAUGAUUUACUAUUGGAAGAAAAAAUGAAUAACACUUAGUCAUUCUAAACUAAUUAAAAUAUACAUCAAGUCAUAAAAGCGCUAAAAUAAAGUACAGAAAAUAUUCAAAAAUCUCCUAUAGAUUAAAAAGAUUUUAUAAGUUGUGAUACUGUCCCUUACGAUUAAUCUUUGCAGUAAUAAACUUAAUUAAUGGUAUCAGCUGCUAGCAAUACCAGAGUAAGCGGGGAAAGGAGUAUCUCUCCUAUUUAUUAAAGUAACUAAAACCCUACUUACGGAACUGCUUAUUUGGAAGAACAGAUGUCUUUAUAAGGAAGCAAUUUUAAAUAAAACGACAUUUCAUCUGGAACUGCUUAAGGCAAGAGUAAUAAUUAAAAUACAUUUAUUAAGCAAAAUAUUUUGAAUAGUGAAACUCUUAAUCUGAAAUCUCCUGAACCUUAGAGAGCUCCUGAAUUAAUAAAUGAAUAGCAGUUAAGUAAUUUCCAAGACAAAAUUGAACAAACAAAAAGCAAAUUUAUUGAUAAAAUAAAAAAUGUUUUCUAAAAGCAUCAAAAAUAGAAUGAAAUUUUCGAAUAAAAAAAUAAAUAAAUGAAAGAAAUAACUAAAUAAUUAUUCAGCUCAAAAAGUAAAAGUAAAGAAAAUAAAAAUUAGGAAGAAAUAAAAUUAAAAACUUAGGAAUCUGUUUAGAGUUCAGUAACUUCUUCAAUAUCCUCAGCCUUUAUUGUGGAUAACGAAUCUAAUCCAACAAAUAAGUAAGAACAUAAAAAUGAGUAGAAUUAUGAUUUACAAUCAAGCAGCUAAUCAUAAAACUAGAUUUUAGCUGCUGAAGAUCACGAAAGUACUGUUGAACUUCAAUAAGAGGAUGAUAAUUCAUUGUAAAAAUAAAAUUAAUAACAUUUUGAGGAUUUUUAAGGAUAUUCACCUGCUAUUCAAAAAUAAAUAAAUCUUUUAAACUAGGAAGCAGAGUAGGAUAGUGAUGAAUAAUCUAGCGCUGAUUUUGAUUAUAGAAAAAAUUUUGUUCCUCACUCAGAUGAUAACUUCAUUAACAGUGAAUCAACAAAUUAUAUAACUAAAAAGGAACCAAUUAGUUUAACAUAAAACUAGGCUUAUGCAAGUUAGAAUCCAAAUUAUAGUGGUGGCUAUAAACAAAUUAUAACAUAAGGUUCUAAAGGAAAUACAAAAUCUUUAAAAAACGACUUAAAUGUUGUUUCCUUCAAUGACACGGGAUAAACAAAUUUCAAAAAAGACAGUGCUAAAAAGUUAGAAGAGUUUAAAUCUUUAAAAGAGUAAUUUUCUGCUUUAAUAAACACGAAUGCAAACAUCAUCAAUAAUAGUAGUGUUAAUAAUAACACUUUAAGCAAUUUAAACAAUACAACUGGUAUGACAGCUAUAGCUAACAAUUACUUAUAAUAUUCUAGCUACGCAUAAGAUGGGUCUUUAACUUCUAGAAAAUAUGAUACCUAAUUGUAAUAACCAAAAUAUAGUUCUUUAGCUUAGUAAUAUAAUUCCACUCAAAGUACAAUUAAUCAGAAUAAGCCUCAAACCUAAAAUAAUCUUCAUCCUUCGACUCUAAAUUCAAACUAAAAUAAUAUUGUCCACUAGUUGGAUUUAAAAAAGCUAUAAGAUAACAGCAAUGGUGAGCAAUAUUUAAAGUAGAAAUACUCUUCAAAUACUUCGAGAAACAAUUAAUCAACUCAACGCAAUGGAAAGGUUUUGGAUUUAGAGUUUAUAGGUCACUCUACUUAGAUAAGUCCAUAAAAAGAUGCUUUGACAAGUAGACAAAGAGAUGAAAUGUACUUAAAUUUUCCUUCUUCUACUCAUUCUCAAACAGUCAAUAACAACAUUCUGAAAAAAGAGAAUACAAAUGUUUCAAAUAAAAUCCAAGAAAGUAAAGUAGAUUAUUAAAGUAAAACGUCAAAGCUGACAACUCCUAUAAGCUCUACCUAGAAUGAAAAGAUUACUGAUGAAUACAUUAAAUAAAUUAUUUAACAGUACAAAACCCCAAAAAAGAGUUCUAUAAACAAUUAAUAUUCUUAAUAAAAUUAGAGUUAUUAAAACAAAUAGAGCUAUUAGCAGCAAUAAUAGUAGCCAAUCCCUUAAUAAAGCAAUAUUUCUACUUAGCAAUUCAUGAUACCUUAUUAGAAAAAAUAGAAUUUAAGCAAUUAAAAUUACAAUUAGAGUUAUGAAAAAAAAGACCCACUUCAAACAAAUCAGUUGGCUAAUAAUUAUUUAAAGCAUUAGUAGUAGCCUUAAACUUCUAGACUGUAUGAAAAAGAUACUUCGUUAAGUAAUUAAUACAUCUACAACCAAAAUGCAAAUACCUCUCAUUUAGGAUCUACUGGAGUAGCUUCAAACGUUAACACACAAUCAUCACCAAAUAGAUUCUCAAAGAUAAACAGUAGUAAUAAUAAUAAAGGAAAUAUAAAUAGCACAAAUUUUAACUAAAGCAGCAUUCCUCAAAGCACCAAUAUCAUUCCUCCUACAUCUUCAUAUCAAAAAGAUUUGAAUAUUUACAAUUGUUAUUUUAACAACAAUAGCCCCAUAAAUAAAAAAAUAACAAGUGUAUAACCUCCAACCUCUACCACAAAUAAAGAAUAAUUCAAUCUCAACCAUAAGAGGUAAUAAAGUUGUGGUGGUGGUGGCGUUUCUGGGGUUAAUAAAUAUAAUUUUAAGUUAAAUUUAACAAGCUUAGUUACUCCUAAGUCUUCCUAAAUGCUUUAAUCUGACAGAUAAAAUUCCGAUCGUACAGGAUAUAAUAAACUAAUUUCCAAGAACUAAGGCUUGCUAAGUUCUAAUAUAAGUCCCAAAUACUCUCCUCAUUCAUCUCAAACAACAUCUGCUAAUAGAUUUUAUUAAAAAUGA